GGAGCGCUGUGUCGGCCUGCGGCGCCGCGGUCCCCGCUCACUGGGGCAGGGUGGAGGCCCGGAGGCCGCGGAAUGGGUGCGGGGCGGGGGUGCGGUGCGCGCUGCUGACCGCUGCAGAGCGGGAGCCGUGGGAGCCCAGCUAACUUUCCUGCUGCUGCACUGGUUUUCCCAAACACACCCGGAUCCGUUCCUGUUUGACCUGAUCUUGGUGAACGUGCUUGAGCGGGGGGUUGGACUGGAUGAUCUCCAGAGAUCCCUUCCAGUCGCUGCCGUUCUGUGAUAAGCGUUCCGGCAUUGUUUUUUAUUCUGGGCUAUUUGGAAAGAAAGUUACUUCGUGUGAUAUAUUUCUUAUAAAUAAUCCUGAAAGAGGUGAUCCAGUUAGGCCUUGGAUAUUGGAAUGUGGUGCUGGAAGGCAUCAUGCAGAACAAGGUGGCGGGGUUUGAAGGGAUGGCGGUUGUUAAUCGGUGUUGUGAUGGAAUCCAAUUCUAUUUAGAACCUGCACUUGCAUCAGGAGCCAUGUGGUCAGCUGAUGAAAUUGCUGAGCUAUGUUACCUGCAUUAUAGGACCAAACUCCCUAAGCAGGGGAAACCAGAUCCAAACAGGGAAUGGACUUCACUGGCAGCUGUAGUCCAAGUGGAGUCUGCAACCCAAAGAGAGGUUCUUGCUACUCCAGGGAACCUGCAGGUAACAAAGGAAGUUGUUGCUAUGGGAACUGGAACAAAAUGUAUUGGCCAAAACAAAAUGAGAAAAAUGGGAGACAUUCUGAAUGACAGUCAUGCUGAAAUUGUGGCCAAGAGGAGCUUCCAGAGGUAUCUUCUCCAUCAGAUGUGGCUGGCAGCUUCCCAUCAGCAGUGUAGUAUCUUUAUUCCAGGAACUGAAACUGGGAAAUGGAAACUCAAACCAAAUAUAAUGUUUGUUUUCUUCUCCAGUCAUACCCCAUGUGGAGAUGCUUCUAUUAUUCCAAUGAGUGAACCAGAGAAGCAGCUUUCUAAGCCAGUGACUGGAGAUGAUGCAGAUGGACAGUCAGCAGAGCAUAGAAGCAACCGUGAUCAUUUUGGUCCAGAAGAUAAAAGGAAAUCCGAGAAAACUACAAGUAACCAUGUAAUCAAGAGAGUGAAAACUGAUGACAAUGGUUAUUUUUCCAUAAUCACUGAAGACCUGUCAGUUCAGCAAGUACCUGUGAAACAAAAAGACAACACAAAUUCAAAGAGCUGUGAACGUUCUGCAGAGGUGCAGACAGCUAAUAAGGAGAGAGUCUUAGGGAGACUGGAGGUAGUAGAUGUUCAUAGAACUGGAGCAAAGUGUGUACCUGGAUUGCUGGGUGAUGCCCGGGUUCCUGGGCUAGGGUAUCACCGUGUCGGAUUGUUACGAGUGAAGCCAGGUCGUGGGGACAGAACAUGCUCUAUGUCUUGUAGUGAUAAACUGGCUCGCUGGAAUGUGUUAGGUUGUCAAGGAGCUCUUCUGAUGCAUUUCCUGCAGUAUCCAGUGUACCUGUCAGCGAUCAUAGUGGGCAAAUGUCCAUAUAGCCAAGCAGCUAUGCGGAGAGCGAUUAUUGAAAGGUGUCAGCAUAUCUCACUUUUACCGGAUGGUUUUCUGGUUCAAGAGGUUAAGCUGCUUCAAUCAAAUCUUCGAUUUGAGCAUGGCCGUCAGGCGAUUCAGGAAGUUCAAACUAACAGCCUAACAAAACUCGUUCCUUGUAGUGCAGCUAUCAGUUGGAGUGCAGUUCCUGAGCAGCCUCUGGAUGUCACCUCGAAUGGCUUCAGACAAGGAACAACAAAGAAGGGGAUUGGGAGCCAUCAGAGCAGAUCCAAGAUCUGUAAAGUGGAACUCUUCCAUACAUUCCAAAACCUGGUGAGAAGUAUUUCACAAGAGGACCUACCAGACAGUCUCCGGAUAAAGACUCUGAAAACCUAUGGGGACUACAAGGAAGCUGCAUUACGUUAUCAAGAAGCCUGGAAAGUGCUGCGUAGCCAGGCCCUGCUGGGUUGGAUCAAGAAUGCCAAGGAAUACCUGCAGUUCACAUGAGAAAACGUGCGGCUAUGUAAAUCCAGCAAUAAGCCCUAAUGCACAGCAGAUACCUCUGCAGUUUGAGAGCCAGAAGAUGAUGUCCUCUAGUACAUGUGCUGUAAGGAGUGAAAAGGAAAGCAGUUUAGAGAAGUUUUUAUUUUGUAUGAGUUUAAGCCCCCUUUUUAUUGAACUACAGAAAAGGAUCUGCAGUGAUGUCUGAGCUGCAUUAAACAGUGUGCCUCCAAAAGAAAGGAGGCAGUCAUGUACUCCCCUCUGUUAUCUGAGGAUGUGAUCUAUCGGCCAUAGUCUGUUGCAAUGGAAGUAGUGUCAACUGAAGGUGAAGCAGUGCUAUGAGAAGAAAGUUUUACUACUGCGUUUUUCUUCCACUCUUCAUAAUGUUACCAUUGUGUUUGUGUUGCUGGGAAAACCCUAAUAUAUAGUAAGUAAUAUUUUUUAAUAUUACUCUUGUCUUUUCUUGUCCGGUGCCCAGAAGAAUUUUCCCUGUUCUCGAGCCCCAUUGCUCUGUUAAAGGUUCUUUUUUUCCCUGUGAGUUGAUCAUAGAAGUGUCUGUACUAAAUGGCCAAAUCAGAAGCCAAACAGUGCUGGGAAGAAGGCUGUGUCGAGUAAUACCACUUACAAUAUCCUGUGCAUUUCCUCUUAAUCUCUUUUUUUGUUUGUUUGUUUUUGCUAGAGACCCCUCCAACUGCUUUGUUUCUGUGGACAGGCAGGAAACUUUCUGAAUUACCUGUUUCAAACCUGUCAGUCCUGUGUAAUUCCAGGCAGACAUUUACCUACUUUUCAGUAUUUCAAGCAUUCUCCAUCCUCUUGUCCCCGCCCCGUGAUAGGUGGUUAAUUAAAACCAGGGAUGCCUUAGCCAUUUUUGUAACUUUCCUGGCAAGCGUUCAUUAAUAGCCUGGCAACGGUGGAGAUGCUUUGGAGGGGACAGGAAGUCGUCUUGGGCAGUCUUUGCUUUUAUGCUUUAUUACUGAAGAACAUUUGUGUGGCAAAACAGUCAACAUUGUGAGCUAGGAGAAAGCAGUGGGUAUCCUCCUCAAACUUUGUGACCCAAUUUUUGCCUUCUGUGAGCAAGUUCAGGACUAUAUAACUGCUACUGAACACACUCCCCUUCUGUACUUUUUCUUUUGUAAACUGCAAUUCAUAAAGACUUUGGACAAUUUAGAACUUAAGAA